AUGGCCACCAUGACUAUGACUGCGCCGAUUAAUAAGAAGACGGCGAAAAAGAACAAUAAACUGAUUCCGGAAAAUGAGCGAUACAUGCGAGCGUGCUCAGAUAUUGCAAAUGCACUCAUCCAGGAGUACGAGUCUCAGAAAGACAGCUCUGCGCCACGGAAAGAUAUCAAUUUGAACAAGCUGCGGGGCAUGAUCGCCAAAAAGCACUCCUUGGCCACUCAACCCCCUCUCACGGCGAUCAUCGCUGCCGUGCCAGAACACUACAAGAAAUAUAUCCUACCCAAGCUCAUUGCGAAGCCGAUCCGAACGUCCUCUGGUAUCGCCGUGGUGGCGGUCAUGUGCAAGCCCCAUCGAUGCCCUCAUAUCGCUUAUACCGGCAACAUUUGCGUCUACUGCCCCGGUGGCCCAGACUCCGAUUUCGAAUAUUCCACACAAUCCUAUACCGGAUAUGAACCAACGUCGAUGCGCGCGAUCCGCGCUCGUUAUGAUCCGUUCGAGCAGGCCAGAGGACGAGUCGAUCAGAUCAAGUCGUUGGGUCACAGCGUAGACAAAGUGGAAUAUAUCAUCAUGGGUGGAACUUUCAUGUCCUUGCCCGAGGAUUACCGGGAUAGCUUCAUUUCGCAGCUUCACAAUGCUCUCAGCGGAUACCAAACAGACAAUGUGGACGAGGCAGUCCUGGCGGGCGAAAUGAGUAACACCAAGUGUGUUGGUAUUACGAUUGAGACUCGGCCGGACUACUGCCUGGACACCCAUCUGAGCAGCAUGCUCCGUUAUGGGUGCACUCGAUUGGAGAUUGGUGUACAAAGUCUGUACGAGGACGUGGCGCGAGACACCAACCGUGGUCACACUGUGGCCGCCGUGGCCGAGACCUUCAAGCUUGCCAAGGACGCAGGCUUUAAGGUCGUCAGCCACAUGAUGCCCGAUCUACCCAACGUGGGAAUGGAACGCGAUCUGUUUCAAUUCCAGGAAUACUUUGAAAAUCCGGCUUUCCGGACAGACGGCUUGAAGAUCUAUCCGACGCUGGUCAUUCGCGGAACCGGUCUAUACGAGCUGUGGCGAACUGGCCGAUACAAGAACUAUACACCGAACGCGUUGAUUGAUCUCGUGGCUCGUAUUCUUGCUCUGGUGCCCCCAUGGACUCGAAUCUACCGUGUCCAGCGAGACAUCCCAAUGCCCUUGGUCACGUCUGGAGUCGAAAACGGGAACCUGCGCGAGCUGGCCCUGGCCCGGAUGAAGGACUUUGGCACGACGUGUCGAGACGUACGGACUCGAGAGGUCGGAAUCAAUGAAGUCAAGAAUAAGAUCCGUCCCUCGCAAGUUGAGCUGAUCCGCCGUGAUUAUGCUGCAAAUGGCGGCUGGGAGACAUUCUUGGCCUACGAGGAUCCCAAGCAGGACAUUCUUAUCGGUCUGCUUCGACUUCGCAAGUGCAGCGCUACUCACACAUUCCGUCCCGAAUUUACCGGUCAGCAGACGAGUAUCGUUCGCGAGUUGCACGUUUAUGGAUCGGCUGUGCCACUUCACGGUCGCGAUGCCCGGAAAUUCCAGCACCGAGGCUUUGGCACAUUGCUCAUGGAGGAGGCUGAGCGCAUUGCUCGCGAAGAGCAUGGCAGCACCAAGAUCAGUGUCAUCUCAGGCGUGGGGGUGCGAAGCUACUACGCCCGACUGGGUUACACCUUGGAUGGUCCGUAUAUGUCCAAGAUGCUCGAUCCGUACGAGGGCGAGGGCGAGGAAGAGUAG